GCGCUACGGCGUGGUAGAGGGACGGUUCUGUUUCGAAGGAGGUUCUCACUGCGGCAAAGGCGAAGGUCUGCACAUGCUCAUCACGGAUCAAGCUCAAGACAUCACCGAUUCAUUCGACCUCGCCGCUCAAGGAACCUUUCUUUACAGAGAACACCGAUGUCACGAAAAAGUAUUGAGCUAUAACAAAACUAUAGACGCCUGUCACUGUGAAAGACCACCGGUACGGCCACCCAAACCAGCUCAUAUGGAGCAAAAGAAGCCAAUAGCACCUCCUCCCCCACAAAGCUGCAGCUGUAUGAAUGAUAACCAUGUUGUAAAUAACCCGAAAGUCGGUCCCUAUGAAAAUUAUGAUGUUCCUAAAGUCUCACAUGUAGAGGUAGAUAACUCCGAAUACUAUGAUACUCCUAAAAGAAUAAAGCAAGCCCUAGCUGAAGACCUAUUCCAAGUAACUAAAACUUCUACACCAGAUAACCUAGUUCUGAAGAAAAACUGCGGCUGCAUACUAAAAUUCGGUUCAAGAAAAAAACCCGUCAUUGUAGAAUGCGAUGAAAAUCUACAACCAGUCGAAUGUCCAUGUCAAAAAGUAACUAAUUGGGCAAAUAAUUUAAUCAGUCUUCCAUACUGUAAACGAAACGAAAUUAAUGUUGAAGUCACUACAAACGUAAAAGACGAUACAGCAUUAUAUGCCACCGUAGACGUAUCGAGAAAAACAAAUAGACAGAGCGCUGUUACAGAUAAAGACCCUCAAGAAUCUACCAGUGACCCACAGUUUAUAAAUUACCAGAAUAUUACUCCUAAAGAUGAGAAAGAAGGUGAAGACCAUUACGAAUACUACGAGAAUGCCAAAGAUUUACUCAGAAAAGCAGGAGUGACACAAAGUGAAUUAGAUGCCUUGAGUGCUAACUUAGACAUUGCCGUCACUACUUUACCAAAGAAAAAACUUUGCACAAAAUGCGGACAUACACAGCUUGGGCAAAAUCAAGAUGCAAAGAAAAACAAAAGCGAUGAAUAUUUACUGAUGGAACCUGCGAAUGACGCCAAACAAGAGUAUUGUAAGGCCAUAGGUCCAAAUCCAGGCUAUACACCGAUGUCGCCAAAUCCUAACUGGUCUCUUAGCCUGAAACAUCCAAUGCACAAAGUCCAUAGAGUAGAAAUAGAAAAAUCAUUAAGCAUUCCCACUCUUAACGGAAGUGAUAGAUCGCACGCUUUAGGCAUAAACAACGAGACACUGCAAAAGAGGUCGAGUUCGGUAGACUCUGCUAGACUUUUAGAAGAUUUGAAAGAAUUUGAUAGUAGCAUUGGAAGUCACGCCACUUCUUCAUCAUUAGAAACUCUAAGGAAUCUGGCUAUCGAAAAUAGAAGAUCCUCUUCGCCCUGUGAAAAUGACAGGGAAUGUUACGAGUGCUGCAAAUCCUCAGGAUCUGAAAAUAAAACUGAGGAGAGCCUUUCAAAAGAGACACCACACUUACGGAACAAACACAUGGAUAAUGCUCAAAUUAAAAGAUCGUCAAGUGUUCCAUGCAAAGGUGGGAAUAGAGACUCUUCAAGUUCAAAUGAUUCUGGUGUUUCAAGUUGUUCUUUAAAGCAUGGCGUUGGGGAAUUCAAUGAGUUUGAAAUGCCAUUAACAUCUGGACAAUCUCGAUACCACUAUAUGAUGCAGAAGAGGAUGAGAGGCAACUUGUCUGGUUGCGUACACUCCUCACUGCCUCGGAAGUCAAAAUCUUCAGAUCCAUUGCGGGAUCUGUCCAUGCAAGUGCACAAAACAAAUGUUCCUGCCAAGUCUUCGUCUGCCGAAGCAGAGGUUCCCGUGUUACCCCCGAAACAGUUUAAAGGUGUAAUGGACACUCACAGCACGUCGAGUGGCACGAGCGACAUGUCCGACUACAUCGAAACGCUGUCUCUGACGUCAUCGCACUCCUCCUCCGAUACGCCUAUGGGACUCAGGAUGAGCCGUCAGCCAACAAACACGCUGCGGCCACGCUCCGGCAAAGAGUACCACAACAUCGACCCCAUCAUCACUUCGAUGUACAAGAACGGGAAGGACCUCGCUAACUAUUCCAACAUACCAUAG